ACCGAGCCCUAUACCUACCUGCAGCUAGAUCCUCCGAGAAGGGUGGAAGUGAAUCUGGAGCAAACAGGAAGUGAACCUUGAACGAGCAUGCCUAGUUUAGCAUCUCGUGCCUAUUUGUCUUCACCUUUCGAGCAGACUUUUUCCUCCUAGGGAUCACAUCAUCUUCCACUAUGGGUCUAAGCAGCAGUAUUUCGGUCCAGAAAACCUUGUAUGAGGUUUUAUCUGUGAGCGAAGACGCUACGUAUGAUGAAAUUCGUGCAGCAUACAGGUCUGCUGCUCUGAACACACACCCUGACAAGGCACGGACACCUCUCGAGUCAUGUGUUCUUUCCGGUGAGCAACAGGAAUUUUCUAGUGUGCAGAAAGCAUGGGAAAUCCUACGCCAUCCUACAUCUAGAGCAGACUACGAUAAGCAGCUGCAGUCAUCCAGACAGAACAUCGAGAUCAUCGCAUCUGAAGUCCAAGUCGGGGAUAUGAUCAUUGAGAGCACUGCCGAUGCCGAUACUGUAGAGCUGUCGUACCCAUGCAGGUGCGGUGAUUACUUUUCCAUCACUUCGUGCGAGCUUAGCGGGAUGGGAAUUUCCGUCAGUGGAGAUGGAGAUGGAGAGGUAGAGCUGCAGGCGUCCGAUUCUCCGUCGGCUUCCGUUGUUCUGGGCUGCGGCUCUUGUUCUCUCAAAAUACGGUUGGUUUUAUAGAUGGAACUCCAUGAUAUAUAUUGUGUGCGGCUCAGCAAUGCUCACUUUAAACUUUAGCAGCCACCACAUGUUUCUCAAACACUAUGCCUCCUGGUCUGCCGAAAUCAAAAUAGUGCAGCUUAACCUUGCCUGUUCCUAUUUCCGGGAGAGAUGUCGAGUUUGUAACCUGAUGGUGGUUGCGUUGUGAUAAAUGACGUUUUUUGACCGUUGUUAUCAGCUAACCACCGCUGUCGAAUCCAGCUGCUGGGAAAUCCAAAGUUGUUCCGGUGGUGGUUAUUCGGUAGAUGAGAUCUUCAGUUAA